UAUGUAGCUAGCUACGCUCCAUUGGUUGUGCAGAAAAGCGUUGCAGUGCUGCUGUACUGUAGGCUACACCACGGAGAUAUAGUUGGAUGUAGAGGCACCGGAGGAGAAACAAAGUGUUGGUCCGCUAAACGACGGAAUAGUCAUUACGGGGCGCAGACAGACACGCGUAGCUACGACGGAGGGGGACUUCACAGGCGUAUGGAUGGAGGUGUUACACUAGGCUGAAACAGCAGCGCAAUGUUGGAUAACACAUGUAUUAAUUAGAAAUAUAAAGGAGAUAAGAUGAGAGAAAUGUAUCAGGAUGCGAAGGGUUUGUUCUAUAAUGUGAGUUCGUUUGUGAGCCGUAGGAGAGGAGAGGACAAUAGAAUGCGAGGUCCGUGCAGUAGACUACAGGCCAGCCAGGCAGCCAGGCUAGACUAGGCAGCCAGGCUAGAAUAGAUUUCACAGGAAGAAACUACACUUUCGAGCUGCAGUAGUCUACAGACUGUCAACCUUGCAGGAUUUGCUUUCCAGUACACAUGGAAUACUGUGCUUAUCAAUAGCGCAUCCGCAACGAUACAGGCAUGGGUGACGGGCUGCGCUGCGGCGGUGCUAUGUCGAACGUCUGGGUCUUCGUCCUGCUAAUGAGCGUCACCUGCCGUCUGAGCCUUUCCCAGACCCCAGCAGGAACCCCUUCAGAACCCCUAAAAGAGGCGGAGCUAAAUGACAACAUCACCAUCUUUACCCGAAUAUUGGACAGACUGUUGGACGGCUAUGACAACAGGCUACGUCCUGGACUCGGAGAGAAGGUGACCGAGAUCAAGACCAACAUAUUUGUGACCAGCUUCGGUCCCGUUUCUGAUACUGAAAUGGAGUACACCAUUGAUGUGUUCUUCAGACAGAGCUGGAAGGACGAACGUCUGCGUUUCCAAGGCCCCAUGAAGAUGUUACCGUUAAACAACCUCCUGGCGUCUAACAUCUGGACCCCAGACACCUUCUUCCUCAACGGGAAGAAAUCUAUCGCCCACAACAUGACCACGCCCAACAAACUUCUCCGACUGAAAGACGACGGGACACUGCUCUACACGAUGAGGUUAACCAUCUCAGCAGAAUGCCCCAUGCAGUUAGAGGACUUCCCCAUGGAUGCCCACGCCUGUCCUCUUAAGUUUGGAAGCUAUGCGUAUCCUGUGUCUGAGGUGGUGUAUUCGUGGACCCAGGGAGCAGCCAAGUCAGUGGUGGUGGCAGAGGAGGGGUCACGACUCAACCAGUAUCAUCUGAUAGGACAGACCGCUGGCACUGAGGACAUCUAUACCAGCAGAGGUCAGUACACAGUGAUGAUGUGUCACUUCUAUCUGAAGAGGAAGAUUGGCUAUUUCGUCAUCCAGACCUACAUGCCCUGCUUCAUGACCGUCAUCCUCUCCCAGGUGUCCUUCUGGCUCAACCGCGAGUCUGUCCCCGCCAGGACUGUCUUCGGUGUGACCACCGUGCUGACCAUGACCACUCUUAGCAUCAGUGCCCGUAACUCUCUGCCCAAGGUGGCGUAUGCCACAGCCAUGGACUGGUUCAUAGCAGUCUGUUAUGCCUUCGUCUUCUCUGCUCUCAUCGAGUUCGCUACCGUCAACUACUUCACCAAGAGGAGCUGGGCCUGGGACGGGAAGAAAGCCAUGGAGGACACACGCAAGAAAAACCCUAUGACUCUGUCCAAGAAGCCUAACAACACCUGUUCAGCCGGGGUCAACUACACUCCCAACCUGACAAAGGACAACGCCGUCUCCACCAUCUCCAACAGCGCAGACGUUCAGCUGAAACUGGCUGAGGUCAAGACCCCCGACCCCAAAAAGACUUACAACAGCGUCAGCAAGAUCGACAAGAUGUCCCGUAUAGUGUUUCCUGUUCUGUUUGGGACAUUCAACCUGGUUUACUGGGCUACGUACCUCAACAGGGAACCAGUGAUCAAAGGAGCUGUGAACCCUUAUACCUAGAAGGAGAAGGCCAGGGAAGUGGUCUUUGAGGUCCCCUGUUACCUAUGGAGUGCAUUACGUUUGAUCAGAGCACACAAGGUUAGGGUUUAGAGUUAAGGAUAAGGUUAAGGUUUAGAGUUAAGGUUAGGGUUAGGGUUUGAGUUAGGGAUAAAGUUAGGGUUAAGGUUAGGGUUAAGAGUUAAGGUUAGGGUUAGGGUUAGGGGCUCUGGUUACAAGUAGGGCAUUUUAUUAUAUAUAGGGAAUAGGGUGCCAUUUGUGGCAUUGAGGCUCCUGUCUCACCUCACCCGCCCCACUACACUAUACCACUAAACUAUAUCACUACACUAUACCACUAUACUAUACCACUAUACCACUAUACUAUACCACUAUACC